AGAAGAAUUACAGUAUCACAACAUGGUGGAGUGGACACAAGCUCUUGCUGGAAUGAAACAAUUCCUUGUAAAACCUUAGACUAUGCCUUAGCUCAUGUAAUUAAUUCAACUCUUGUGCAGCUAAUAGCUGGAAAGAAGCCGUACAAUCUCAGCCAGCAUUUUGACUUCAUGAAUUUGCACGGGUUCGAAUUGGUUGGCGAUCCGUACUCGAUAGUUUCCAUCGAAUGCCCCGGGAAUAGAGGCAGUUUAUCCUUUGAAAACAGCGACAAUAUUACUCUGAGCGGAAUCUUGCUGCGUGGCUGUGGCGGACUGCAUGCAAGUACCACUGGCAGAGAUUUUAAAUAUCCCCACAUCAAGUUUUAUUCAGCUGUUUUUCUGGUGUACUGUAAACACAUUGUUAUCGACCACUGCAAUAUUGUCGACAGUCCCGGAAUUGGACUUAACAUGUACGACAUUGGUGGUGAGGUUCGUAUUUCACAUUCUCGGUUUGAGAACAAUCGGCCGGAUAACUUAAAAGAUGAUGAAAAAGAUGUAGCAAUUGCAGGAGGUGGCAUUUACAUGGAGUUAACCUACAGGGGUGGAACUUUUCCCUUUGAUUUCAAUUCAACAACAUUGGCUCAGUUUGACACCAACAGUAGUUACACUUUCUACAACUGUACGUUCAAAAAGAAUUGUGCACCAAGUCAACCGUAUGAAACAAUAGUCAAACUUCCAAUUGGGGACGAUCACAUUCCCUUUGGAAGAGGAGGAGGUUUGUCUAUAUUUGUCAAUGGGAAAGCAGAAAAUAAUGUUAUUCAUGUGACUAGAUGUCAGUUUGAAGAAAAUACUGCCAUUUGGGGUGGCGGGAUUUUCAUAGAAUUUCAUGACAAAGUGCAAAACAACACAUUUGAAGUAACAGACUGUGUGUUUCAUAACAACAAUGCUACGUAUGCUGGAGGAGGCAUCAGAAGUGGUACCACUGCUGGAGACCAUCAGCUAGGGUUACUUCCAAACAAAAUGAAGUAUGAACUUUGCAAGUUUGAAAACAAUACUGCCAUCUUAGGAGGAGGAGUAUCAUUUUAUGAAUGGCAAUCUUUUUUCAAAGGCAAUGGUGAUGGGCUUUAUAUAGAAUACAAAAACUGUACCUGGAGGAACAACACAGCAACAAUGGGUUCUGCUAUUGGAAUGUCUACGCAGGCAGCAGUAAAUGGUCUCCCAAAUUCUGUCACAAGAGGAACUAAACUUUAUGUUAUUGUUCUUGAGGACUGUAAUGUCACAAAAACCACAUAAUAUUGACAGAAGAUGAAAAAGUCAUUGGCCAAGGAGCAAUUUAUUCCUACUCCCUACCAGUCAUUUUUAAAGGAGUUGUGUACAUUGAACAUAAUGACAAUACUGCAAUGGUGGUUGAGAAUGUUGUGCUGUACAUUUUUGGUCAUGUGACAUUCCGAAAUAACUCAGGAGGGGAGGGGGGUGCACUAGGAUUGUAUGGCCUUUCAUUCUUAAUGCUUAUGCCAUACAGCACCCUUCACUUCUUUAACAACACUGCCCAAAAGAGAGGUGGCGCUAUUUAUGUGAAAGACUCUGGUCCUCCUGUGGUGGCCUUCAAUACAACUCAGCUUAAGACACGACAGUGUUUCCUUGCCUAUAACUACAGCUUCAGUCUACAGAAUAUCACGGAAUGGCAAACUCAAAUAGUUUUUGAGGGUAAUCUGGUAGUAGCAACAGGUGGUGGAGACUCAGUGUAUGCUUCCACUCUUCAAGGAUGCCGUGAAGAUGGAGUACCUCGCAUAAACCACAGAACUCUGGAGUGGGAAGACACAAUUCUAUAUCGGGAUGAAAACAAGAGCAGUGAAGCACAAAUAUCUACUGAUCCAGUCCUAAUCAAGUUCAAUGAAAAUGAGUGGAUGGUUUCUCCAAGUGAAGUCUUCGACCCAACUGUUGAGUUAAUUGAUGAAAAGGACAGUUCUGUUUUAGGUGUUGUUAAAGUAACCAUAACUGAAGAACAAAAUCAAAAUGCUGCAGGCAAUGUUGGACUUGGAACAGCUUCUAAGUUGUUUCUAGUGCUUGGAGAUCAUCCCAAGAUCUACAGCUUGCAUCUUGUUGGAGGUGUAAAACGUCCAUUUAAAGUUCAACUCAGCACUGUUGUGGGUCGUGUUGUGCAGAGUUCUUCCAAAGGGAAAUUGACUUUACAACAUUGUAAUGAUGGAUUUGAGCAGACAGAUAGCAAGACCUGUUCUUGUAUCUCAAGCUCUGUUGAGUCAGGUAUUUCAAACUGUAGUUCAGAUGCCAAGUAUGUGUUCUUAAAGAGAGGAUAUUGGGGUGGAGUAAAAGACAAUAAAUUCAGCACAUACCCUUGUCCACCAUAUUACUGUAAUCUCUCUGAACGUGAACCAACUUUCCGAUACAGUCCUGAAACAAUGUGUACCAAAGGACGCGAUGGUACAAGCAUUCUGUGUGGAGCAUGCAAACAUGGCUACUCUGUGAAUUUAGGCAAUGAACAGUGCAGACCAUCAUGUACAAAUGUCCACAUUUUACUUUCUCUGGUAUUCUUUUUUGUGACACCUGUGCUGGUCCUAAUGGUGUUUCGGAUCAAUUUGGACAUCUUCACC